GGAGUCUGAGUGCUCAUUCUGCCUGCCAUGAAGACUCUCUGCUCUCUGCUGCUGAUAGGCUGCCUCCUUUUCUCCUAUGACACUCCAGUUGUUGGAGAACUAAAACAUCUUGGAAUGACAGCAGAAACUGAGUGGUGCCGACUCUUUGAAGGGUUCUGUCACGAUAAAAAUUGUCCUCCUCCUACCUCGCAUGUGGGUUCCUGUCACCCUGAGAAGCGCAGUUGUUGCAAGGACAGGAGAUGAUUGGAAGGAAGCACGUGGGAGUCAAGUGACAGAUGUGUAACUGAUGUUUUAAUAAA